AAACCAAACAAUGAUCGAAUAUCUGGACCGACACUCGAGGAGGCUGAUUGGAGCGGGUAAGCGGAGGAAUGGACUUUAUUACUUUGAAGACUUCUCUCGUGUCCAUGUUGUAGGAGUAAGCAAGAAGAAUGACAGUAUGGAUACUUGGCAUCAACGGUUGGGACAUCCGUCAGAAACUGUGAUGAAAUGGUUGGAUCCUGUGAGUGGCAUUCAAAGUAGUAUUUCUAAUCCUUGUGAAAUUUGUUUAAGAGCGAAACAUGCAAGAGAUAUUUUUCCUACUAGUGUAAGCAAGACUACACGUAUCUUUGAAUUAGUGCAUUGUGAUGUGUGGGGACCAUAUAAUACGGCUUCUUCUUGCGGAGCCAGAAGUUUUUUGACUAUUGUUGACGAUUUUUCUCGAGCUGUCUGGGUUUAUCUUUUGGUUGAUAAGACUGAGGUAUUUUCUAUGUUUAUGAAUUUUUGUGCAAUGGUGGACCGCCAAUUUUCUCAACGCAUUAAGAUGGUGCGUAGUGAUAACGGGACUGAAUUUAAUUGUCUCAAAGAUUUUUUUCGUACAUCUGGUAUUAUUUUUCAAACCUCUUGUGUGGCCACCCCUCAACAAAAUGGGCGGGUUGAGCGAAAACACCGUCAUAUUCUAAACGUUGCCCGUGCUCUCCGAUUUCAAGCUCAUCUCCCGAUUCACUUUUGGGGGGAAUGUGUUUUAACAGCAGCUCAUCUUAUCAAUCUCACUCCAUCAGCUGUCCUGAAGCACAAAACCCCAUUUGAGAUUUUAUUUCAAAAACCUCCUGAUUAUAAAGAACUCCGGGUGUUUGGGUGUUUGUGCUUUGCCUAUAAUCUUCGCUCUAGCAAAGACAAGUUUAUGAGUCGCAGUCGAAAAUGUGUCUUUGUGGGUUAUUCCUUCGGGAAGAAAGGAUGGAAGGUCUAUGACUUGGAAACUCACGAGUAUUUUACUUCUCGUGAUGUUAAAUUUUUUGAGGAUCAAUUUCCUUUUGCCACACCAUUAGCUGACGACCUGGAGGAAUCAUCACCUAUGCCUAUUAUAGAUACCUGGGAAUAUCCAUCAUCUACUCCUCCGCCUACUUCAUCCUCGGAGGUUGCACUCCCACCUACAUCUACACAAGAAGCGUCCGAUAUGGAUCCCUCUUUGGAUUCUUUGCCACCAGAUCUUGGACGAGGAAAGCGGCUCAAGACGCCUUCAGUGCGUCUCAAAGAUUACGAGACACAUACAAUAAUCCAUGAAAGUCCAUUCCUCGCUCCGCCUGUCUCCUCUCGCCCCUCAGGUACCCCGUUUCCUAUAGCUCAUUAUGUUAGUUGUAAUAAAUUUUCCCCUCGUUAUCAAAAAUUCUUGUCAGCUCUUUCAGUUCAGACAGAACCGACUUCUUUUCAAGAAGCAGUUAAAGAUGCAGGAUGGCGAGAAGCUAUGCGAGCAGAAAUUCGCGCUCUUGAAGAAAAUCAUACGUGGACCAUGCAGCCUCUUCCUUCUGGAAAACGAGCUUUAGGUUGUCGUUGGGUGUAUAAAAUAAAAUAUCAUGCUGAUGGCAGUAUUGAACGACUUAAGGCUCGGUUAGUUAUUUUUGGCAAUCGCCAAGUUGAGGGACUUGAUUACAACGAAACAUUUGCUCCCGUUGCAAAAAUGGUCACUGUUCGAGCAUUCUUGGCUGUAGCAGCAUCUAAGAAUUGGGAACUUCAUCAAAUGGAUGUUCACAAUGCCUUUUUGCACGGUGACCUAGAUGAAGAGGUAUAUAUGCAAGUACCUCAGGGUUAUGCUGCGUCUGAUCCCUCUCUCGUCUGCCGGCUUCAUAAAUCUCUGUAUGGUUUGAAACAAGCACCACGUUGUUGGUUUGCUAAAUUGGUUGGAGCCCUUAAGAGAUAUGGCUUUCUGCAGUCUUAUGCAGAUUAUUCCUUGUUUACUCGGACUAAGGGUUCUAUUCAAUUGAAUGUUCUGGUCUAUGUGGACGAUUUGAUCAUCUCAGGAAACGAUCAUGAGGCUAUUCUUCAUUUUAAAUCUUAUCUCAGUGAUUGCUUUCAUAUGAAGGAUCUGGGCACACUCCGCUACUUUCUUGGUAUUGAGGUUGCUAGGAACCCCUCCGGCUUAUUCCUUACCCAACGCAAAUACACCUUGGAUAUAUUAUCCGAAACCGGACUUUUGGGCAGUAAACCAGCCAGUUUUCCCAUUGAACAAAAUCAUUCUCUUGCUACCCGCUUCAGGCCCUCCUCUUGCAGAUCCUGAACCUUAUCGACGCCUUCUUGGCCGACUUAUUUAUCUUGCGGUGACUCGUCCGGACCUGACUUACUCUGUUCAUGUUCUUUCUCAAUUCAUGCAGGCACCUGGCCAAGCUCAUUGGGAUGCGGCCCUUCGUGUUGUGCGCUAUUUAAAGGGUUCUCCCGGACAGGGUAUUCUUUUGCGUUCUGACAGUGAUCUCUCGCUUACAGGAUGGUGUGACUCCGAUUGGGCGGCCUGUCCUCUUACCCGCCGCUCUUUGUCUGGUUGGCUGGUUUUUCUUGGUCACUCUCCCGUUUCCUGGAAAACUAAGAAACAAUCCACCGUCUCUCGUUCUUCUGCAGAAUCUGAAUACCGGGCUAUGGCUGCCGCUACGUGUGAACUCAAAUGGCUCAAAGCUCUUCUUCUCAGUCUUGGUGUUAAUCAUACCAAGGCAAUUCCACUUUUUUGUGACAGUCAAUCCGCUUUACAUAUUGCUCGUAAUCCGGUGUUUCAUGAACGCACUAAACAUAUUGAGGUUGAUUGCCAUUUUGUUCGAGACGCUAUCAAGGAGAACCUUAUUGCCCCGAGUUAUGUUCCUACCACUGUUCAACUUGCUGAUAUUUUCACCAAGGCUCUUGGGAAGACACAGUUUCAAUUUCUUCUUCGCAAGUUGGGCAUCUUGAAUCCUCAUGCUCCAACUUGAGGGGGGGUAUUACGGACAGAAUAUAUUAGACAUCAUAUAUUUAGCCUAUUUCAUUACUGGCAUAUCUUUAUUCUUGGAAUGUAUUUUAUUUCUUUCCUUUCCUAGUUUAUUUGCUUGAUUAGCAACGUAUGCUACUGCUAUAUAUGUAGGCCUUGUACUUCUCUUCACAUAUACGAAAUAGACAAAUACAUUGCAUUAUUAUAUUCUUUUGUCUUCAGCCAUUCCUUCAU